CGGCCGUCAGGGGGGCGGCAGCUGGUGAGUCCAGCCACUACGCCGUCCAGCCUAGUGAAGGUUGAACAUAUCUGCCUUUACUCUUAUUUAAAUCAUCUCUUCUUUUAACCUCUUUGUCUUUCUCAUCGCCUGCCUCCACAUCAGACACGAGCCAGGCUGGUUGUUUGGAAAUGAAGCUGUGUCUUCUUCUUUUCCUGCUUUGUCUCUGCUGUCCGGGACUGACUGAGGAGCCCAGUGCAGGAGCUCCUGAUGUCUCCAGUCCUGUGGACGACGAGGAGACAGAGACGGAGGAGGAAGUUCACAGCUGUGCAGGACGAGGGCGGCUGUUCAACCGCGAGGAUCGCAGGGCGAUAGGGGGCGCCAUCGAGCGUCUGGGUCUACAGAUCCUGGAGAAUCUCCCUGUUGGUCCACAGCAGCCCAACGUCGUCCUGUCGCCGCUCAGCCUGGCGUUGGCCCUCGCUCAGCUCACCUUGGGUGCUCGCAACGAGACGGAGAAGCUGCUGCUGCAGAGCCUUCACGCUCGCCAUCUGCCCUGUUACCAUCACGUGCUCGGAGGCCUCCUACCUCAUUUCAGAAACACGUCGCUGGAGGUGGCGGCGCGCAUGUACCUGAGGCCAGGAUUUGAAGCAAAGUUGUCUUUUGUUGAGGACUCUCUGGCCAGGUACCGGUCGUCUCCUGUCCCUCUGGUCUCUGUGGACGAGGUCAACCAUUGGGUGGAGAACGCCACCAAUGGUCACAUCCCCAACUUUAUGGAAAGUAUCUCACAUGACGUGGUGCUGAUGCUCUUAAACGCCGUGUACUUUAAAGGUGAGUGGCAGACACGUUUUGACCCUCUGGGGACGUCGAAGGGAGUCUUUUACCUGGACAGCCAGAACUCUGUGUCUGUGGACAUGAUGAAGUCAGCUCACUACCCGCUCCGCCUGCUGGACGACCAGGAACUGGAAGCCCAGGUGGCAUGUUUUCCCUUCAAAGGAAACACCAGCCUGUUAAUCGUCAUGCCGCUGUCGGGCCGAGGAAACGUGUCGUCGGUGCUUCCCAGGCUGAACAUCUCAGACCUGUUCAGGCGUUUACCUCCGGAGAGGACCAUGCAGGUCAACCUCCCCAAGGUGAAGCUGCAGUACCGCCAGGAGCUCCAGGAGGCGCUCACCACCAUGGGUCUCGGCUCUCUGUUUUCGGCGCCGAACCUUUCUGGGAUCUCCGACGAGCCUCUGAGGGUGACGGGCGUCCGCCACGCCAGCACCGUGGAGCUCAGCGAGGAGGGCGUGGAGGCGUCCGCCGCCACCGUUGUGACCUCGAUGCGUUCCGUCUCCCUCUUCGCCGUGAACUCCCCGUUCCUCUUCGCCCUGGUGGACGACGCCUCGCUGACCCCGCUCUUCAUGGGCGUCGUCACAAACCCCGCCCCCGACGACGACCCCAUGCUCAACGACGACCCGAGCCGCAACAGCACCAUGAGCGACCAGCCGGCGGCGGAGAACAUCCUGAAAACAGACAUAGACAGCGAACACGGCAACAGGUCGUGCAGCGUGACGGCGGCGGCGGCGUGCAGCGCCCCCGCUGGUGAGACGGAGCAGCUGCAGCCUGUGGACGCCUGAAGGGUUCAUCUCAAGGAAUAGUUUGGAAAUACGCUUGUUGGUUUUUCUUGCUGAGUUUCAUUAAAAAGUUUGAUUUAAUUUUCAUGUUUGCAGGUAAAUGUGAAGCUAGUCCGUUAGCUUAGCUUAGCAUAAAGAGCAAUUCAUAUCUAAUUGAUUAUGUCACUACUUUGUGUCUUUUUUAUGCAAUUAAACAGAACAGAUUUUAUACUGCAAUCAAAAAAGGUUUAAAUGCAGGUAAAAAUGCAUUAAUGCAGAUCAAAACUGUUAUUUUUUAAUUCCACUUUUUUUUUAAAAUUCAAAAAUUUUAAUUGUAAAUCCUAAAUUUUUUUAUUUUAUUUUAUUUUUUGU